UUUCGUUCCGGUGGUAAGGAAUCAUGAUUGGAUCAAUGAUUCCAAACGCCGUACCUGAUUCACGUUCUGUUAGCAAUUUUGAGCUGAAGGCCAUCAACGCCAUUGAUAACCGUCGCUUUUGCCGUGGACUGAAGAGUUUAUUUCUGGAGUACUGCUCAAAUAGCUCUGUCCAUGGAGUCAAAUAUUUUGGAUGUAAACGACGCACAAUCUAUGAGAAGAUUUGGUGGGUGGUUACGUUCCUAAUAUCGGUAUAUGGUUGCAGUCGGUUAAUUCAGAAUAUCUACCGAAAGUGGGAUCAAACACCGGUGAUUGUGAGCUUCAACGAGAAGAGCACUCCGGUGUGGCAGAUUCCAUUUCCAGCGGUUACGAUCUGCCCCGAGACCAAGGCUAAAUCGGAGUAUCUGAACUUCACCACCCUGUUCCAUCAAGUGCAGAAUGAAACUGAGAAGGAGCAGUUGGAUAAGGAUAGUUAUGACCGAUUCCGAGCGUUGGCCCAGGUCUGUGAUGCUCAUAUUACGCAGAAUUUUCUUUUAAACCAAACGGUGGAUAGUGAAUGUGUCAACUGGCUGAAGAACAUUUCAGUUUCCGAAGAAGAAAUGCUUAUGUUCUGUAAAUGGCGCAACGAAGCGGUGUUGUGUGAUGAUAUGUUUUCCGAAACGCUGACCGAGGAAGGAAUCUGCUAUACGUUUAAUUCGUUGGGAGCUGAUGAUUUGUUGAGGAAAGAAGAGUUGCACGAGGAAUAUCCAUAUGUUACGAAGAACAUUUCCUCGACACAGUGGUCCUUGGAGGCGGGUUAUCGAGAAGACGCUGAUAUCGAUACGUAUCCUGUGAGGGUGCUGGGAGCCGGAGCCCGCGCCGGGUUGAAUAUUUUGCUGAGACUGUAUAAUUAUGAUUUGGAUUAUCUGUGCAGAGGUCCUGUGCAAGGUUUCAAAGUAUCGCUGCAUACAUCUGGAGAGUAUCCACAGGUAUCCAAGCAGUACUUCCGAGUGCCACUCCAUCAAGAAGUAAUCAUAUCGGUUAAGCCAGAAAUGAUAACCACUUCCGAAGGUUUGCGCCAUUACGCUCCUCAGCGCCGGCAGUGCUACUUCAACUACGAGCGCCGGCUCAAAUACUUUCAGGUUUACACCCAGCAGAACUGCGAGCUGGAAUGCAUCACCAAUUACACGCUGGCCGCGUGUGGGUGUGUGAAAUUUUCGAUGCCCCGCGAUGCGAAAACGGAAGUCUGCGGAGCGAGCCAGAUCCAGUGCUACAACGAGGCCGAGGACGAGCUGCAGAGCCACGACGUCAAGUACACGGUGGAUAAGAAGUUCGAUUUCAGGGCCAAGUGCGACUGCUUGCCGGCGUGCGUGUCGGUGCAGUACGAUGCGGAGAUUUCGCAGGCGGAUUUCAACUGGAAGGACCUGUUUCAUGCGUACAAAAGUCCGCUGGAGGAGUUCCCCGGGAUACAAUUGGCACGACUCACGAUCUAUUUCAAGGAAGCGCAGUUCAUCACAUCCAAACGGAGCGAGUUGUAUGGGGUAACGGAUUUCCUGGCCAACUGCGGGGGCUUGCUGGGGCUGUUCAUGGGAGUCAGUUUGCUGAGUCUUGUGGAGAUUGUGUAUUUUUGCGCGAUUCGUCCCUUCACCAUUCUGCGCGCUUAUCGAACCAAGACGGUUCAACCGAUGCCGGCACCGCCAUUUUUGGCACCUGUGUUCGAAAUUGAAAAACCAAAGGAAAGUUAAAACAAUAGUUUCUGUAGUAGUCGGACCUAGUAGAACGCCCACGCAGUGAAAAAGAACUGACUGUUUGAAUUUGAGAUUAAAGGUAGGAAAAUUAAAUGCAGUCAAAUCAUACUAUUAUGAAUCGCAUUUGCUUGGGAUACUUUGUGCGAUAGUUUGUUUAGUAAGACAUGCGACUGUACAUUUUUUGGUGUGUAUGUAUAUGAAUUAAUCUAAAUGUGGACCUUAGCUUAGAAAAGCUUAUGUAUCAGUAAAUGCAUAUAUUUAUAGACAUCAUUAUCCAAGGCAAGAUGUCUGAAAUAAUUUUAUUCUCUAAUUUUAAAGAAUAUAACAUACAUAGAGAUUAUCCAAACUUAUUCUGACUGUCGUAGGUAAUAGAAAUAAUAAUCGUCGGAUCGACAAGGAGUUCAUUCGAAAUGAGAAUUGGUGAAUGUUUCAAAAUAUUAGAGAAGAUUUAUUAUAGUUAGGAACAAGAAAAAGAUAUCUUUUGAUGACAUCAUGUUACAGGAGAUAAAAAAGUAAAAAGUGUUCGAUGCUAUGUGCCAGUAUGAUCUCAUAUUUUAUAUUAAGUACCUAUGAUUGUAUUGUAUUGAAAUUUUGCAAUUUUCAUUAGAUAGUUAGAAUUUUUCCAAAUACAA